AUGAUUCGCCGCGUCGGAGGAAUUUGGUGCGAAUUACCAACGGCGUUUCGAUGCCGAGCGAGCAGCACAACUUUGUUCACGGUUUAUGAUUCUGUGAUUCGAGCAAUGACGUUUGCACCGACCGUCAACUCGUCUCACCCUGUCACCCUGACUCUGACUCACGAGGCGGAUGUGCGUUUGUGCUGGCAGAACCCAAGCCUCAACGAACGUGCUUUGUCCUCCCCUCACAAUGCACGAUUCGUGAGAUGCACGAUUCAUUCGAGAUGGCUCUUUGCUAACCGUGAAUGCUGUUCACAACACCUUCAUCCUGCUAUUCUAUUCGUCCAUCCAGAUGCUCCCAAGCGUGCCAAGAGAGUUCCACUCGUGCUCGUGCUCUUGCUUUAUGUUUGGCGACCGAUUCGGGUCAGAUGGCUAUGUGAAGAGUCACUGCUAGAGUGA